UAUAAAAUUAACCACAUGAUCAACUUCCCUAGGUAAAUUUUCUGACGAAGUUUUGCAACGCAUCCGGAGCUAUAAUAAUCAUCACAACGAAAUGGUUGAUGUAAACUUCCUGAAUUCAUUUCGAAUACCAUAGGCUGUAGAAGGAUUGUCAUUAUGUCUAAAACUUUACAAACACAGGAGAGCUUUGCUGAAGAGAUUGACUAUAAUGAUUUAAAGUUCGAAAAGAUUGUUGGGAGAGGUGCAUUUGGCGUUGUCAGCAAAGCCAGGUGGAGGAACAAGGAUGUAGCCGUCAAGAUGAUAGAAAGCGAAGCUGAAAUUAAGGCAUUUUUGGUUGAGUUGCGGCAACUGUCGCGUGUAGAACAUGAGAACAUUGUGCGCCUCUACGGCUCUUGUCAGGGAAGUCCUGUUUGUCUCGUGAUGGAGUAUGCAGAAGGAGGCUCCCUCUACAACGUGCUACAUGCUCCGCCACCGCAGCCAGAGUACACAGCUGCGCACGCUAUGAGCUGGGCGUACCAGUGUUCCCGAGGAGUUUCUUACUUACACGGAAUGAAGCCACAAGCCCUCAUUCACAGAGAUCUAAAACCUGCAAAUCUACUCUUAGUAGCAGGAGGUACCGUACUUAAGAUAUGUGAUUUUGGGACAGCGUGCGAUAUACAAACCUACAUGACCAAUAAUAAAGGCAGUGCAGCGUGGAUGGCACCCGAGGUAUUUGAAGGAAAUCAAUACAGUGAACGAUGCGACGUCUUCAGCUGGAGCAUAAUUUUAUGGGAAGUAAUUACAAGAAGGAAACCAUUCAGCGAGAUAGGGGGUCCAGCCUUUAGGAUCAUGUGGGCAGUUCAUCAAGGUAAACGACCUCCACUUAUACGAAAUUUGCCAAAACCAAUAGAGAAGUUGAUGACCAGGUGUUGGUCGAAAGAGCCGACGCAAAGACCUUCCAUGGCGGAAGUAGCAAGUAUUAUGUCUAAACUUAUGGAGUAUUUCAAGGGAGCAGAUGUACCUUUAGUUUAUCCUCAGGUAGCAAAAGAUAAAAACACAGCUGAUAGCCAAAAAGAUAAGGAUGAGGAUGACGAGGAAGAUUUGGAUGAGGAGUCUGUUAUGACAAGUGGUAGCCAAAUUCCAGAAUCACGAGCGAACACAUUGAGUGACACAGUAAUUAACCAGCGGUCCAGUCAAGAUGUUGAACCCCCUAUGUACUUGACAUUACCCACUCCACAGCAAUCAAAUGUUGCACAUUUACGAGGGACACUUGCUAAUGUCCAUCUUGACCCAAACUAUGAAAACAAGCGGAAAUCAACAGAUUUUGCAGAGCUGCGCUUCAAUGAAGAACAAAAAAAACCAGUUAUGGGUCAUCGUAGGAGUAAUUCUCACGGCCAAACAUUCACUCCAUCGCAAAUAUCUACUAACCAGCCGAAGCCAGAACCUAAUUUGCAAUUUUUGUUAACCUCCUCGAAUGCCCCCGCUGUAAAUAUUCUACCGUCCUCCCCAGCCCCCCACUCGCCAAUUCCACACUCCAACACUGUUCCUAGCAACCUUGGUGACACUUUUGACUUUAUCAAGCCCAAGUCCAGGUCAUUUUCUGAACAUCAGAUCUUGAAUCAAACAGAUCCAUAUGAGGCUGAGGGUGCACUUCAGUCGGGUAGACUAGACCAAUCAUCUGCAAAUGCUGCACCUUCGCAGUCUGCAUACAACAAUCAACCCGGUAGCUCACGGUCUAGCAGAGCAACUCGUAGUGUGUCCCUGGAUAAUCAAGGAGCACCACAGCAGUCAAAUCCAGAUGAUGGUUUACCAAUGGCUUACAUGACAUUAGAUAGUCGACUACAGCCUCUUCCCCCGAAUCCUAACUCGAAAGAAUCUUUAGAAGUGUUUGAUAGUCACUGUAAGAUGGCACAAGACUACCUGCGUGUGCAAACUGAAAUUGCUCUCCUUCACCAAAGAAAGAAAGUACUUGCUGGGCAACUGGACCAAGAUUAUAAAGAACAACAGUCAACUUUCCAUUACUAUGAAGAGUAUUUAUCAGUAAAAAACCAAUCAGAACGACUAAAGGAACAACAUAGACUGCUGAAAGAAAGUCUAGACUACAUACGAAGGCAACAGCCUGCUAAAAUCUACCAUCCACCAUCUUAACGCACAUGGUUCAUAUUUUAAAGUUUGCAUCAAAUUCUUCGGCCAGUAAAGUAUAAUUUACAACAUUGGUAUCGCUUAAGAGUACUGCAUAGCCUACAAGGAGAUUUUUCACUGUACGACCUCAGUUUACAAACAAUUUAAAGAGGUUCCUCUAGUGUACACCUUAAAAACUAGUCAACUUAUGUUGAAUAAUCUACGCAUAUUGAUUAAUGUUGUUUAUGUUUGAUAGAAGCAACAGGUGAUACGUUUUGUAAGGUGUACAUUACCAUGCAAGUAGCAAUGUACUGUACUAUGGUAAGCUGGCAUGAAAAAUAACUAUGCUGUGUUUAUUGCAGGCCAGUUUGGCCAAAAAUAGGUGCCAUUUUUGUCACAUUUUGUGGUGCAUCGUAGAUAUUUAUUAGUGAGUUUUAGAUCUGAGAUGCUGAGUGUACUGGGUCCGUAUGCUAAUUAUCUAUGACGUAUGACACAAUAAUUAUGCAAAGAGUAUGUAUGUGUCGGGAUGAUGUCAAACUGUCACAGAUCACUCAACGUCUCGAUCUAAAACCUACUAUUGAGACGUUUUACCUGCUUACAUGCAUGUUGUAAACACCUAUGAGGUAAACGUGAUUGAUUCACAGUUAUGUUGAUUGAAUGUGCAAGAAACUGAUGACCUAAAAUCAUGGUAGAAUUAAAAGUAAAAGUACAGAUAACAUGCACACUGUUAAGUUGCUGAUUGAAACUUAGGCUCAACCGUAAGGUUUAGAUUCAUAUCCAAACUUGGCUAUAACAAGUUAUUUUUAUCUAUGCUUUUCUUCCUCCACCCAAAAGUGUGAUGCUAUUUUGGUAAGAAAGGAAUGUGAAUGUAUGUUUUUUUCUUUGCAGGAUAUUUAGGCAUGACUAGGAAUAUUUGGUAGAGUGUGGAAGGUUGCACAUUGUGAAUGAUUGGACUAUCAGUGAUGAAUGUAAUACGGCCUAAAAAAAAUUGAUGAAUGUAAUAAGGCCUAAAAAAAAUUGUUUGUUUGCCCUUCUCACCCGCUCCUAACUCAUGAAAAAUAGUAGAGACGGCAAAACCAAAAAAAAAAAACCUACAUUCAUUGCAAAAUGUCAACUGUGGGUUAUUUAUAUUCCAUCUGAUGAGUAAUCUUGGGGGAAAAAAAAAAAAAUUCAACUCGCCCUUUUUUAUCAUUUUAAAA